AUGGAGCUCCUCGUCACCAAGAGGAAUGAAAAACAAGGUCCUCCGCUCUACACUGGGUCAGCUCUACACAGGGUCAGCUCUACACUGGGUCAGCCCUACAAUGGGUCAGCUCUAAACUGGGUCAGCUCUACACUGGCUCACCUCCACACAGGUGCAGCUCUAACCUCUACACAGGAGCAGCUCUACACUGGGUCAGCUCUACACUGGGUCAGCUCUACACUGGUGCAGCUCUGGCCUCCACACAGGAAGUUUAAGAAUUCCUGUAUCACUCACCUGUCCCCGCCCACUCACCUGUCCCCGCCCACUCUCCUGUCCCCGCCCACUCACCUGACCUCGCCCACUCACUUGUCCCCGCCCACUCACCUGUCCCCGCCCACUCUCCUGACCUCGCCCAUUCACUUGUCCCUGCUCACUCACUUUUCAACACCCACUCACCUGUCCCCGCCCACUCACUUGUCCCCGCCCACUCACUUGUCCCCGCCCACUCACCUGUCCCAGCCCACUCACUUGUCCCCGCCUACUCACCUGUCCCCGCCUACUAGCCUGUCCCCGCCCACUCACCUGACCUCGCCCCCUCACUUGUCCCCGCCCAUUCACUUGUCCCCGCCCACUCACCUGUCCCCGUCCACUCACCUGUCUCACCUGUCACCUGUCACUCACCUGUCACCUGUCUGA